GGUCAGCUUGAAGACGGCAGUUUUGACGGUUUUUGACGUGCUGUGUGCGCUGGUCAGAAUCAAAUAUGUCAUUUUGGAGAUUUUUAGGUGUUUUUUAAUAUAUGUUUAUAUAUAAGACCACUGAAGUCCUCAUGGUGGGAAUUUUUUUAAUGUUCUUAUUUUUAAUUGCACACGAAUAACUGCAAAGACGCAACCACCGCUCGAGCUAAGCUAGCAAGAAACCGACAUCCCUUAAGGAUGAUGAACAAAGCCGCUGCUAAUGGAUGAAAUGAUGGCUUUGAGCUCUAACACUGAUCAAGACGACUCUGGUGUGGGAGUCGUAGACUUGGAUCCUGAGGGCAAGGGUGAUCUAAACCUCGAACACCUAGUGCGAUUGGAGGAUUCUGAGUGCAUCCUGGAGUGUUAUAAUGACCUGUCCGAGCUGAUGAGGAGCAUAAGAGGAGAUUCCACUUCAAAUGAGGAUGGCUUGAAUGGGAACAACAGAACAAAUAGGACGGAACACAUCACCAAGAGCUUUGCAGCAAGUGACAAAUCAAAUGAAAAAUGUCUAAUCGAAAAAGAAAACACACGUGUAAAUCAGUCAUCAACCACAAAAGCUUUUAAUUCACACAAGGGAAAACCAGACCUAGCUGUUGUUUCUCUGGGACAAAAGAGUAUUCUUCCAAAGCCAUAUCAGAUGUAUUUGAAUUCUGAAAUCAAAAGUCCAGAGCCAGCUAAUGAAGGAAAAUGCUCUGAUCCGAGAUUAGCAAUAAAAAUAAAACAGUUACCAAUUAACAAAGGUUCUCUCACUAAACACAAAACAACAAGGCCUGCCUUCUGUGUAGCAGAUGCUUGUGACAAGCUUCGAGAACAUCCCAGACAGUUGAACAACAGCAAUGUUGCACCACAAUGUUUUGCUCAUCUGACGUCAUCUGACGUUAAGAUACAAUGUUCAGUAGCAAAAUCACUGGUGGUUGCUGAAUUACGUUUGAGUCCAGAACAAAAAGACACCAGUACAGAAAUGAUAAACACACAGUUAUUGUACAAUAGUAAGAACUCUCAUCCACUUCAAAGAUCCUUGGGUGAUCAGAACUUUGUUACAGAUACAAUGGAUGACAAAAAUUCUGAAGACAAGAGGGAUGUUUUUUUCUCAUCAGCAACGCCCAUUUCUCCAACACUCUCUGCUUCAUCCCCCCAAAAAUCAUCCGGAUCUGCACAAAUGGAUCAGCACGCUAACAUUUCCCCCACUGCCACUGACCUAAGGACUAAACAACUGGAAAUGGACAAAGCAGACUCUAGACAAGUUUACCUCUCAAAUGUCUCAACCUUACAUUGUUCUGUCAAGGGCUUGAACUCUCCCCAGUCUUUUGACAUUGACACUAUGUCUAACACGAGUCCUGCAUCUCAUUGUGGUUUCCUGAAGAGUCAAGUCGACUCAGCCUCCACCACUCAACAUUCACCCAAUGGGAAUGCUUUUAUCAAGCUGGGAGAGGAUGCCAAUGCUAAUGUGACUUUAAAUAACCCUGAUUUUUUGUGUACCAGCAUCUCAAAUGACUCUUACAUGUCAGUGUCUGGAAAUAAGGACAUGGAUGAAGGAUCUUAUACCGAGACAUAUAGGGAUGAUCUAGAGAUUGACAGCCCUGUACCUUUACAUUGGCAAGAGGGGAGUGAUGGACAAGCAAAAGAGGAGAGUAUAUUUGACAUGGAUGUUUUUGAUGGCAGUCAAGAGGACAGGCAUUAUGUCUGUCCAGUUAAACUCAAGAAAAUAUUGUCGGCAACAGAACAAGUCCUGUAUGAUGAUGAGCUUGAUAGGCCACAGGUUCUACGCCAUCAAACCCUGUGCCUGGUUUACAGUACCAUUGAUGAGAAUUACCCCGAGGGCACUUUACAGCUUCUGGCUGACUUCCUACAGCCUGGUUACUAUCCACCCAAGGACAUCACUUCUCACCUGCUGCGGAAGAUUUUGCUCAAUAUAAAAUAUCCUCAUCACCUUUGCGUGCAAGCCUUUAACCUGCUGAUGAGGACACAGAGUCACCACAUGGCUGACAAAACCACAGUUCCCUGGGAUUGGGAGUUGUUGACCUCAGUCAUGGAAAAUCAGGACUACAUCAAUAGACAUCGUUGUGAGAUUGUGUGUAUGGUUCUGGAGUAUGUUAUGCAGACAUUGGAGGAUGACUUCCAGGCUAAACGUUCUGCCUUGACCCUCAGUCACUCUAUUGCCAAGGCAACAUUGUCAUGCGAUCAGCAGUUUCCUCAAGUCAGAGAUGUCUUGAAGUGGCUGUUUUAUGCCAUUAAGAAGUCAACGGAGUAUGGGGAAGGUGAUGAAGCAGCAAAAGAGAGAGAUGAACAUAUUCGAAUGGUGUGUGUCUUCCAGAGAAUGUUGUCUCUGGCUCUGGAGGUGGAUUGCUGUCCAGCUCUCAGCUCUGCCAAGCUCUCCCAGGAGCUCUUCCAUAUGCUGAUCAGCAGUACGCUGCUACGAGAACACAGGCUGAUGUUGCUGAACAACUUGCAGAGCAGUCUGCUGAGAUGUAAACUGCUGGAACAGCUUUUGGACUACAUAUGUCCGCUGAAAUCCUCUGUACCCAUGUCCCUCAGUCUGGUUCUUCACUUUCUGAUGAACUGCACUCUGACACCUGACCCUACGGAUGGCACUGAAAGGUGGCAGAGGUGGGAGGAGUUGGUCCAUCUUCUCUGGAUGUUGUUUCUCAGCUACAACAAAGCAAUGGCAGGGUACCUGCGCAGCACCGACGGCGACCAAAGCACGAGAGUUGCCACCUUGGUUUACAAGCCACACGAUGUUUUAACCACAGCGUCUGUGCACGAAGCGAUACAGGCCUUCUUGAACCGAGCGCAGGCUGACCUCGGCCAGGAGCUGCCGCCCCACGUGGAAGAGGCCCUCACUUAUCUGCAGGACCACCUGCUAGAUGUCUGUCAAUAAGUUAUAUUGUUGUGUAUGCUUUCCUGUGUGAACCAUAAAUUCAGCAUUUGAUAUGAUUUCAUUUUUCAAAACUAAAGUUAAGACUGUGCCCUGUUGGCUCUCCUGAAGUUGCAAUGUUUGUUCAUUUUUAGCUGCCUGGUUUGUCCUGGUUUGUGUUACAACCAAUAAAGUAGUUCAGAGUU